UCCUCGCCGGCGGGAUGUGGCGACUACGCCGAGCCGCCGUGGCUUGUGAGGUCUGCCAAUCCUUAGUGAAACGUAGCUCUGGAAUCAAAGGAAGCUUACCACUACAAAAACUGCAUCUGGUUUCACGAAGUGUUUAUCAUUCACAUCAUCCUACCUUAAAGCUUCAAAGACCCCAAUUCCGGACAUCAUUUCAUCAGUUCUCCUCUUUAGCUAACCUUCCGUUACGUAAAUUGAAGCUUUCUCCAAUUAAAUAUGGCUACCAGCCUCGCAGGAAUUUUUGGCCAGCGAGAUUAGCUGCAAGACUCUUAAAACUUCGAUAUCUCAUACUAGGAUCUGCUGUUGGCGGUGGCUAUACAGCCAAAAAAACUUUUGAUCAGUGGAAAGAUAUGAUACCUGACCUCAGUGACUAUAAAUGGAUUGUGCCUGACAUUGUGUGGGAGAUUGAUGAGUAUAUUGAUUUAGAGAAAAUUAGAAAAGCACUUCCUAAUUCAGACGACCUUGCAAAAUUGGCACCUGACUUUGAUAAAAUUGUUGAAAGCCUCAGUUUACUGAAGGACUUUUUCACCACAGGUCACAAAUUGGUUAGUGAAGUCAUAGGAGCUUCUGACCUACUUCUCUUGUUAGGUUCACCUGGAGAAACAGCAUUCAGAGCAACAGAUCACGGAUCUGAAAGUGACAAGCAUUAUAGAAAGGGUCUGCUUGGUGAGCUCAUUCUCUUACAACAGCAAAUUCAAGAGCAUGAAGAGGAAGCGCGCAGAGCCGCUGGCCAGUAUAGCACAAGCUAUGCCCAACAGAAGCGCAAGGUUACAGACAAAGAGAAAAUUGACCAGCUUCAAGAAGAACUUCUGCAUACUCAGUUAAAGUACCAGAGGAUCUUGGAACGAUUAGAAAAAGAGAACAAAGAAUUAAGAAAAUUAGUAUUACAGAAAGAUGACAAAGGCAUCCAUCACAGAAAGCUUAAGAAAUCCUUGAUUGACAUGUAUUCUGAAGUUCUUGAUGUUCUAUCUGAUUAUGACGCCAGUUACAAUACACAAGAUCAUCUGCCAAGGGUUGUUGUGGUUGGAGAUCAGAGUGCUGGAAAAACUAGUGUGCUGGAAAUGAUUGCCCAAGCACGGAUAUUCCCUCGAGGAUCUGGGGAGAUGAUGACACGUUCUCCAGUUAAGGUCACUCUGAGUGAAGGUCCUCACCACGUGGCCUUGUUUAAAGAUAGUUCUCGGGAGUUCGAUCUUACCAAAGAGGAGGAUCUUGCAGCACUAAGACAUGAAAUAGAACUCCGAAUGAGGAAAAAUGUGAAAGAAGGCUGUACUGUUAGUCCUGAGACCAUAUCCUUAAACGUAAAAGGCCCCGGACUGCAAAGGAUGGUGCUUGUUGACUUACCAGGUGUGAUUAAUACUGUGACAUCAGGCAUGGCUCCUGACACAAAGGAAACUAUUUUCAGUAUCAGCAAAGCUUAUAUGCAGAAUCCUAAUGCCAUCAUACUAUGUAUUCAAGAUGGAUCUGUGGAUGCUGAACGUAGCAUUGUUACAGAUUUGGUCAGUCAAAUGGAUCCUCAUGGAAGGAGGACGAUAUUUGUUUUGACCAAAGUAGACCUGGCAGAAAAAAACGUGGCUAGCCCGAGCAGGAUUCAGCAGAUAAUUGAAGGAAAACUCUUCCCAAUGAAAGCUCUAGGUUAUUUUGCUGUUGUAACAGGAAAAGGGAACAGCUCUGAAAGCAUUGAAGCUAUAAGAGAAUAUGAAGAAGAAUUUUUUCAGAAUUCAAAACUCCUAAAGACAAGCAUGCUAAAGGCACACCAAGUGACUACAAGAAAUUUAAGCCUUGCUGUAUCAGACUGCUUUUGGAAAAUGGUACGAGAGUCCGUUGAGCAACAGGCUGAUAGUUUCAAAGCAACACGUUUUAACCUUGAAACUGAGUGGAAGAAUAACUAUCCUCGUCUACGAGAACUUGACCGGAACGAACUAUUUGAAAAAGCUAAAAAUGAAAUCCUCGAUGAAGUUAUCAGUCUGAGCCAGGUCACACCAAAACAUUGGGAGGAAAUCCUUCAGCAGUCUUUGUGGGAAAGAGUAUCAACUCAUGUGAUUGAAAACAUCUAUCUUCCAGCUGCACAGACCAUGAAUUCAGGGACUUUUAAUACAACAGUGGACAUCAAGCUUAAACAGUGGACUGAUAAACAGCUUCCUAAUAAAGCAGUAGAGGUUGCUUGGGAGACCCUACAAGAAGAAUUUUCCCGCUUCAUGACAGAACCAAAAGGGAAAGAGCAUGAUGACAUAUUUGAUAAACUUAAAGAGGCUGUUAAGGAAGAAAGUAUUAAGCGCCACAAGUGGAAUGAUUUUGCGGAGGACAGCUUGAGGGUUAUCCAGCACAAUGCUUUAGAAGACCGUUCCAUAUCUGAUAAACAACAGUGGGAUGCCGCUAUUUAUUUUAUGGAAGAAGCUCUUCAGGCUCGCCUCAAGGACACUGAAAAUGCAAUUGAAAACAUGAUAGGUCCAGAUUGGAAAAAGAGAUGGUUAUACUGGAAGAACCGGACCCAAGAACAGUUUGUCCACAAUGAAACCAAGAACGAAUUGGAGAAGAUGUUGAAGUGUAACGAGGAGCACCCGGCAUAUCUCGCAAGCGAUGAGAUAACCACAGUGCGAAAGAACCUGGAAUCCCGAGGGGUAGAAGUGGACCCAAGCUUGAUUAAAGAUACUUGGCACCAAGUUUAUAGAAGACAUUUCUUGAAAACAGCUCUAAACCAUUGUAACCUUUGUCGAAGAGGCUUUUACUACUACCAAAGGCAUUUUGUAGAUUCUGAGUUGGAAUGCAAUGAUGUUGUCCUGUUCUGGCGAAUACAACGCAUGCUUGCCAUCACUGCAAAUACUUUGAGGCAGCAACUUACGAACACUGAAGUCAGGCGAUUAGAGAAAAAUGUGAAAGAGGUAUUGGAAGAUUUUGCUGAAGACAGCGAGAAGAAGGUAAAACUGCUCACUGGCAAACGAGUUCAGCUGGCUGAAGACCUCAAGAAAGUUAGAGAAAUUCAAGAAAAACUUGAUGCUUUUAUUGAAGCUCUUCAUCAGGAGAAAUAAAUGAAUCCUACUCAUAAUAUAAUCACCUCCGCAUACAUGUGAAGAAAGAAAACUCCAAAG